AUGAAGUUCUUCGAAAACACAUUCACCUACGACUACUCCUUUCCUGCUGUGUCCCUCGCCUACUUUCUCCGCUAUCCCAAUCCGUAUUCCCGCCAUGUCCUUACGACCGAUGUCAUCGACAGAUAUGUUGAUCCUAAGACUCAACGUCUGCACACCAUUCGGUUACACCUCAAAAAGUCCAAGGUUCCAUCGGGAAUUCUGAAACUCCUGCCGAAAGGCAUUGGAGGCUCAGACAACUCCGGCCAGAGCUAUAUCCUUGAGAAGACCAUUGUUGAUGCCAAAGAGGGCUGGAUGGAGACCGAGUCCCGCAACAUGGAGUGGACGGGUAUCCUGAGCGUCGUUGAGAAGCAAGUCUACCAGCGCCUCCAAUCCGAAGAGGACCGCCUCGCCCUUGAUGGCCUAGCCGUCGAUAAGGUUUCCGAGCAGACCAGUGUCAAGACUACCGUUACUUUCCGCUCCCGACUCGGGCAGGGCAAGCUGCUCGGAAGGAAGAAGAUUGAUACCGGUGAUCAUGAAGAUGAAGAGCCCCGCAAAGGAUUCUUUUCCUCUCUUUCCACCGCUGGCAUCCAACGAACCAUUGAGCUUAUCGGUGUGAGCCGCACCAAGGAAGCUGUGCUGAAGAGCAAGCAGGGCAUGAACAUUGUCCUCGAGCGUUUGCGCAGUGGUGGUGUUGUUGGUGUUCUGGAAGGCAUGCGCCAAGAUCGAGAGGCAGCUUUCGGUCCUGACGGCCCGUGGAAGCGUGUUUGGCUGCAGGGCAAGGACCGUCCCAUUGAAAACGACAAGUCAUGA